GCGCGGGGCCGAGCGCGCCGCGCCGGGGGCUGCGUGCCGCGCCGCUCCGAGCGCUCGCGGAGCCUUUCCCGGGGAUGGAGCCGGGCGGGCGUUGGAGCGACCCGUGCUCUGGGCUGUCGGGCUCGUUCACGUUGCACAUCAGGGAGACGCUCGUUGUCUUCAGAAAUAAACGCUGCCCAAACUUCCUCGCAGGCAGCGCUGCCGCCGGGGCUGAGCGCGCUCCCGCGCCGCGCCGAGCAGACCGGGCACGGCGUCGCGGCCGCUGCCGAGCUGUUUGCCCCGCUCCCGGGGCGGACGCGGCCGGGCGACGCUCCUGCAGCUGGGAGCGAGCGGGAGACCCGCUCCGCGGCCGGGGGACGGGACGGGACGGGACGGGACGGGACGGGUCGGCCCCUCGCCCGGUGCCGCAGCGGAGCCCGCCGGCUCCCGCGCCCGGCAGACUAACGGCUCUUUUUUUCUUUCCAAGGCUUUUCGAUGGAGCGAGUCCCCCGACGCUGCCGUAGGUGGGAAGGGCCGCGGGGCUGGCAGGUGGCAGGGCACGGCGCAGGGCGGGGGGGAGCCGCUCGGCCCCCGGACGGCACGGCACGGCACGGCACGGCGCGGCACGGGGAGCGGCCUCGGGAGAGGCGCUGGGAUGCCGGUGCCGCGCGGGGCGCGCUCCCCCGGGGACGCCCGGCAGGCGCUGGGCCCUCGGAGGAAGCGCUCGCCCAGACGCGCCCCGGCGGGGGCCCUUGCACGGCGGCCCCAUCGCGGUUCCCGGGGCGCUGCUCCGUCCCGAGGCUCCGGGCUGCGGAGGAGCCGCAGCCGUGCCGGCAUCCCCGGUUGGGGCGCGGAGCCCUGCGUCUCGCUGGUCGCCCCGUGGCGAGGAGGUGCUGCCUCCAGGUGCUUUGCUCCUGCAAGCAAACACACAGUUGCGCUGAAGAGAGUAAAAGCACCACGGGAGGGAAUCCACACUCCUGCUGCAAGCCCCAAACUCUGUGUUCCCUGCGGUCCGGAAGAGAGCUUCCAUCUGGGCUGGAGUUUCUCUUCGCUUCCUGGAAACGUGUAACGCUGGCUGGUCGGAGCGAAGCUUUGGAGUAGCACAAUCCUCAUCCGGCCUCUCUGUCGAACCAGGAAAGUGGUAAUAGACCUUCCUUACUAAAUUAAAUGUAGAGGCUGAUCCUCCAAGGAGAGUUUCAGUUCAACUGUAGUGUUUGAUUUCCCAGCCACAGCAGUAUGGUGCCUCCAGGGAAAAAGCCAGCUGGGGAAACUUCCAAUUCCAAUAAAAAGUGUAAGCGCUAUUUCAAUGAGCACUGGAAGGAAGAAUUUACCUGGCUGGAGUUUGACUAUGAGAGGAAACUCAUGUUUUGCAUAGAGUGUCGCCAGGCGCUGGUGAAGAACAAGCACGGUAAAGCGGAGAACGCCUUUACCGUGGGCACGGACAACUUCCAGCGCCAUGCCCUGCUGCGGCACGUCACCUCCGGCGCUCACCGCCAGGCGCUGGCGGUGAACCGGGAGCAGCUGGCCUUCGAGGCGCGCGUCCAUAGCCAUCCAGAGCUGCGCUCGGUCAUCAAAGUGGAGGUGAACCCCGCCAAGGUCGCCAUCCUCACCACCGUGUACUGGAUGGCCAAGGAGGAGAUCCCGGACGAGAAGUGCUCCUCCCUGCUCGAGUUCCAGAAGUUCAACCUGUGCCAGGCGCUGCUGACCUCCGAGCACAGCGAAUACUACCACCCCAGCAGCGUCAGAGAGAUGCAGGCAGCGAUCGCCAAAGUCCUGCGCAACGAGGACAGGCGCAGGAUAAAGGCCUCGCCGUUCGUUGGGCUGGUGGUGGACGAGACGGUGGACGUCAUGGAGCACCGCAGCCUGGCCAUGUUCACCACCACCGUCUCCCCCUGCAGCGGGCAGACCUCGGCCACCUUCCUAGGGAGCUUCGAGCUGCCCGCCAGCGAGGCCUCCACGGUGGCGGGCAAGGUGGGCGAGGUGAUGCGCUCCUUCGGCAUCCCCACCAUGAAGAUCACCUGGCUCAGCGCCGACGGCGCCUCGCUGGGGGCCGAGCGGCUGAGCGGGGUGGGGACCGCGCUGACGUCCCUCUGCCCGCUCCUCACGGAGGUGCACUGCCUGUCCCACGGGAGCUCCCUGCUGCCGGCCGAGAGCGUCGUCACCGUUGAGUACCUCCAGAAAUACGAGACUACAGUGGAUGCCGUGUACAGGCUCUACUCCCGCUUCAAAGGGGAAAGCAACAGCCUGCAGGAGCUGCGGAGCGUCCUGGACCUCUGCGAGAUAGACCUCGAGAGCCCCAAGACCAUCCACUGGACUUCUAUUUUCCCAGCUGUGGAAGCCAUCGAUGCCUCGUGGCCCACGCUGGUGCUGCUGCUGGAGAGCGAGGCGGAGCGGUCGCCCGUGGCGCUCAGCCUCUGCGAAGAGCUCAAGAAGUUCCAGUUUGUGGCAUUCACCAAGAUCCUCCUGGACGUCCUCCCCAUCUUCCAGAAACUCAGCCGCUUCUUCCAGAUUGAGGACUUUGACCUCUCCAUCCUCAAGCCCAUCGUCUCUGCCACGGCCACCACCCUGCAGGCCCAGAAGAGCGCCAGCGGGCAAAACCUCCAGGAGUUCCUCAACGAGAUGAACGAGCACCCGCUGGAUGACCGGGAGGGCGAGAGCCGGCUCUACUACAAAGGUGUGGAGCUGGCCAACUGCUCCGAGGUGCAUCUGAAACACUUUGAGCACCUGAAGGAGAGCUACCUGGAGAGCGUGCGGGGCAACCUGCUGGACAGGUUCCCCAGCAGCGUCCUGGAGGCCAUCAGCUCCUUCUCAGCUAUCUUUAACCCCAAGUGCUACCCCCAGUCUCUGGAGGACAUUGGCAGCUAUGGGGUCAGCGAGCUGAACUUCCUCCUGCAGGCGUACUCGCGGGUGGUGGUGAGCGAGAGGGCCAUCAGCGACUUCCCCCUCUUCAAGCGCAUCGUCUUCAGCCUCAGCCAGCUGUCCUUCAAGGACCUCUGCGUCAAACUGGUGUACAGCAACUCCGAGAUGCACGAGCUCUUCCCGGACUUCGCCGUCCUCGCGGCCAUCGCCCUGGCCUUGCCGCUGGGCUCCGUCCUGGCCGAGAAGAUCAGCCGGGGCCGGGAGCUCCUGAAGCGCGGGCGGUCGCGCUGCGCCAGGGACGAGGGGCUGUCCGACCUCAUGAAGAUCGCCAUCGACGGGCCGGCCAUCAGCGAGUUUGACUUUGCGCUGGCCGUCGAGUACUACGAGAGCAUGCGGGAGUCCAGCUUCCUCGUGGCGCAGGUGAAGUGAGCGGCGGCGCGGGCAGGCGGACGCGGCGGCGCGGGCGGCCGAGCCCGGCCGGCUCGGCGCCGGGAAGAGGGAGCGGGAUCCUUUCGCCCAGCCGCGUCAGCCCCGCUCGCUGCCCCCCGAGAGGCGCCGGCGCCGGCCGGGUUCGAAGCCUCUGCGGAGGCUUCCUGGGGGCUUCAACCACCUUCUUCCGUUCCAAGUUGUGACGAGCUUUUCCUGGGGGAGAUGAAAGCAAAUCUUCUCACGAACUCGGAUGUAACAUUGCCUUUGCACAAUGACACCCAGCAGCUUUUACUUAAUACCCUGCAAAAAUCUCUGGUUUUUAUUAUCCUGGAGCCUCGAAGGAACGCAGAGAAGGCAGCCUAUCUUCCUAGCUCUGUGGCAAAUCCAAAAAUGCCUGGCAGUGUCUUGUUGAUAUUCUUGCACACAGCACAAAAUAUUUUUGGCAUUGGAUCCAAGUCAUGAUCAUUUCAAAAGCGAGUCAUUUAGAGAAUGAUAUUGUAAUCAUCAAGGAAAUGGUAACUUUUAAAUGCAUCA